AUGUUGCAGGGUGAGUACUGCACUUAUGUGCUGCAGGAGUAUAAAGAGAAGGAGGAAAGCGAGCGACGCAGGAAGCAGGUGGCCUUCACCCUGCCAGCUUCCAUUAGUGAUUGUGGCCAUGGAAUUCCUAUUAUCAACAUCCACAUCACCCACGACGGCACCGUGGUGACGGCACGAGAAGAUGGGUUUGUGUGCUGUUGGACUCCAGAGCUUCAACCUCAGAUGACCAAACACAUGUUUAAUGAAGAACCUUCCAAUCAAAAAUCAAAGUGGGCAACUGAUUUCACUCUGAUGCUGGAGUACAACAAGCUGAUGAUGGGAACGGGAUUAUGGAAAAGGUUUCCAAAGACCCAUAAAAUCCCCAACAUAGCAAUAGACAAUGUUGUGCUUUCUCCAAAUGUGACAUUUGUCAGAUGGAAGGUCCAUUAUGACUGGGUGACGCAGGCAAGAUAUUUUCACAGUUUUCGAGCUGUCGUCUCCUCAUCAAAUGAAGAGCCUGCUUCUCUUGUUGUAGGCUGUGUGCUGCCCUCAUCAGAUUUGGCACAGCAGCUGAAUGAGAUCAGAGAGGCCUGCUAUGAGGGUAAAACCAGAAAGACCCCACUGAGCUGGACUCCACAGGUCCGGGCAUCAUGUGAUCAGACGGUCUUCACCAUCUAUAAAGGUGUGAAGACCUUUGACCUCUGUCAGAAGCACAGCUUGCUGGUGACUGGAGGCAUGGACAAACUCAUCCGCCUAUGGAACCCACGUUUCUCUGGGAAACCGCUUGGUGUGUUGAAAGGCCACUCUGCUCCCGUUCUAUUCCUGUGCAUCUGCUCAGAGGACAGCCAGAUCUUCUCUGCCUCCACAGAUGCCACAGUCAAAAUUUGGCACAUUCAGGAUCAGUGCUGCCUGUUCACAGCAGACCCCAAAGCUGUCGGGAUUCACAGGGAUAUAUUUUCCUGCUCCUAUUCCCCCGCUAUGAAAUCUCUGUACAUUGCAGCAGACUGUAUGGCUGUGCUCCCCCUGAAAUUGAGGCCGAGGCUCCACAGGCACUCCACUGUGUCACAUGACCAGCCUGUUCUCUGCUGCAGCUACAGCCAGGAGUUCCGCCAAGUUGUGAGCUGCUGUGAGGGAGCUGUAAAUGGCCAUAAGGGGGACAUCCUUUGUGUGGUGCAGUGUCCCCCAUCUUUCCUGGCCACUGGCAGCUGUGAUGGAGAGAUUAUAGUGUGGAACAUGGCUUCUCAGCGUGUGCACUGCAGGUUUAGCAGCCCUGUUGAAACUGAGCACCGGGAUCCCGAAGAAUUGGAUGAAAGCGUUCCUUGCAUACUUUUCCUGCAGAACUCCACUUUGCAGCGGUUCCCAGCUACAGCUCUAUUGUCAUCUGGUAUGAGAGGUUAUAUAAACCUCUGGGAUGUACUCGGCGGAGGAAAACUUGUGGGCAAGUUCAAAGCGUCUAAAUUCCAACAAAAGAUAGUAAAGCUGGCCAGAGCUGACAAUGGCAUGCUGCUGUACACAGCUGACAGAAUUGGUUACAUCUAUAUCUACGACUUGGAGAAGUUUGACCCUGAGAAAAAAUCCCCCGGAGCCGAAAACUUCUGGCGUGCCCACACGAGCGCAAUUACCGGCCUGGAGACUGUUGACAGUGAUCAAGUGGUGCUCACCUCAUCCACCGACCGCACUGUGCGCCUUUGGAGUGCAAAGGGAGAAUUCAUUGGGACCUUUGGGCAGCCCGAAAUCUGGAGCGUCCAUAUUCCAUCUUCCUGGAAGCAUCCCGGUGUCCCUUAUGAAGUUCUGAUUGAUCCUCUCAGUAUGCCAGAUCGUGGCAUUCUGAAAGGAGGAUCGCAUCUUUCUGAAGCCAUAAAUCCUGACAAGACUGAGGCUGAUAGAGGGGAACUAAAGAGCCCUGAUGAAACUGUCAGGAACAUGAGCAUGUGACCAGACCUCUACGCUCUGAAAGGCUCUGACUCUGCGGAGACCUCGACCGCCGGUGAACUGCCUCAGCCCUCUCUGGCUGGUAUUGAUCCUUUCAUAAGCUUCACUUGGGAACGGGAGUCAACUGAAUAAGAUGAGACUGUAUUGAUCACCGCUGACGAACUGGGUCAUUGCAACUCUCCGUGCAAUAAAGUCAGAACAAAGAAGAAUUAAAUCGAG